CACACAACCUGUCGCCGGACCUGGGCCGCAUAGGAUCACCUAGGAUGGUAUUGAGAUGGAUACCACUCCGACCGUCCGCCCGCGGUACGAGUUGCCCAUCUCAAUCCCGAUAUUUCUUUCUUGAUGUCAAAGAGAUUACCACCCCGGUCCGCAUGCCCGCGACAUGGGUCGGCUCUUUGAUGAUGCCGGAGUUACGAGGACCCGACUUAGUCCGCAUGCCCGCGGCUAGUCCGAGCAUCUUCGUGGCUCCACUUUGUUAAGCCUUCUAGAGUAGAAAUCGAGCCACGUAGCAUGCGUAUGUCUAUGUGAUUGCCACCCGGUUAUUGGUAAAGUAAGUCCUUUAAACUUUUUCUUCGCAAUUUAUUUACUUUAUCGUAUUAUUUUGUCGGUCCAUGACAUUAGGUUGAUCGCAAGUCUUGGUCAAUAUACAAUGGGAAAUUCCGACAUUCGACUUAUUCUCCCUCCCAAGAAGGAACUCAACGCGUGGUGGGACAAGCUAGACCGAGCUGGUCGUGAGUUCGUGGAAUUAACAAUUGGCCGACUCCUCCCUCUGUUGCGUAUCAACAUUCAUGGCGGCCUCAUUCAAGCACUUGCCCAUUGUUGGUGUCCAGAGACGACUACUUUCAUCUUCGGUAAGCAUGAGCUCACUCCGACCUUAGAAGAAUAUAGCAUUGCCAUUGGAAAACCUUUGGAAUUAGAAUUAAUUAGUCCACCUAUUGGAAUAAAUCUUGUCUCGAUUUUAUCUGAUUUUCUGAGAAUCAAGGAAGAAAAGAUAAGAAAAAUUUUAAAAGGUCACCGCAAUACUUGCCCAUUUUCAUUUCUUGAUGAAUGUUUCCAAAAUGGCACUUCAUUUCAAAUGAGAAGGAUUUUCCUACUAGCUUUCUUUGGGUUUAUACUUUUCCCUCACUGCAAGAAUGCUAUUAAUCCUUUGAUUGCUAAGUUAGUGGGACAAGUGUGUGGGGGAAUGAACUUUGUUAAUGCCCUCCUGGCAGAAACUUUUCUUUCCCUUUCUCGAUUUAAAGAAAAUGGUGACAAAAUCUUUCGUGCUUCUCCUGAACUUUUGCAAAUUUGGUUCUUAUCCCACUUAAAAGGGUUUGGUGUUCUAAUGAUUAUACGUGAAGUUAGCAACUCUGAUCACCCUAUCAUGAGAUUUGAGAAUAAACAAAAACAUGCACCGGAUUAUCAUUAUUCCAAUUGGCUGGCUUUCUUUAAAAAUCCAAAGUCCAAAUGUUUCCUAUGGCAUGCUAAAUGGUUCCAAGUUCGUGAGGCCAGACUCACAUGUGGACGUGUUGGCCCAAUCCCUUUACUGGGAUUCACUGGGGCAAUGGAAUAUUACCCAACUAGGGUGACUCGCCAGUAUCAAGUGGUGCAAGAGCUUCCCCCAGCUUUGAAGCAAGCUGAUUCAAUUCGAGUCGACUUCACCGACGGAGACCUCGACCAUGAGGAUAGCAUUUCUUUAAUCAAGUCGUUGUGGGAUAUGUGCCAUCCACAAAUGCUCAUAUGGCCCGAAAAAGAAUUAGAGGGUAAAGAAAGAAAGUAUUAUGCUACGGCUGAAUACAUUCGACGACACAAGAUUCCAGAUAAUUUACUCCCAAAGAUACCAAUGGUGCCUGAGAAGAUCACCAACCGUGCUGAGAAAAGAUGUCUCAAGAGAAAAGCUGAGAAGUUACAAGAGCAAGUUACACACUUGGCCAAGGAGAAUAAGCGAUUACGUUUGGAAAUCACAUCCCAGUUGUAUAUUGAUCAAGCCAAAUGAAAUGG